GGCCAGUCAGCUCAGUCUCGGCGCCCGCCCCCGCCUGUUAAAUGGGCCGGCGGGCGCAGCCCCCGGAAACGGCCGUGCACUCCAGGGCUGUGAGCGCGGCGGGCGGCGGCAGCCACAGCUGCGGUUGUGCGGCGCAGACAGCAGCAUGGCAGAGCAGGUGGCCCUGAGUAGGACCCAGGUGUGCGGGAUCCUGCGGGAAGAGCUGUACCAGGGCGAUGCCUUCCACCAGGCCGACACCCACAUAUUCAUCAUUAUGGGCGCGUCGGAGCUGCGUGUGUAUCGUGGACACAGGUGGACCCUCAGGCUGGGCUUCCUGGGUGACCUGGCCAAGAAGAAGAUCUACCCCACCAUCUGGUGGCUCUUCCGGGACGGCCUGCUGCCUGAGAACACCUUUGUGGUGGGCUACGCCCGCUCGCGCCUCUCGGUGGCUGACAUCCGCAAGCAGAGUGAGCCUUUUUUCAGAGCUACUCCUGAGGAGAGGCCCAAGCUGGAAGAGUUCUUUGCUCGCAACUCCUAUGUCUCCGGCCAGUAUGAUGACCUGGCUGCCUACCAGCGCCUCAGCCACCACGUGGACUCGCUGCACCAGGGCCCGCGCACCAACCGCCUCUUCUACCUGGCUUUGCCCCCAACCGUCUACGAGGCUGUCACCAAGCACAUCCACGAGGCUUGCCUGAGCCCCACGGGCUGGAACCGCAUCAUUGUGGAGAAGCCCUUCGGAAGGGACCUGCAGAGCUCCGACCAGCUGUCCAACCACAUCUCCUCUCUGUUCGGCGAGGACCAGAUCUACCGCAUCGACCACUACCUGGGCAAGGAGAUGGUGCAGAACCUCAUGGUGCUCCGGUUUGCCAAUAGGAUCUUUGGCCCCAUCUGGAACCGGGACAACAUCGCCUGUGUGAUCCUGACCUUCAAGGAGCCCUUUGGCACUGAAGGCCGCGGGGGCUACUUUGAUGAGUUUGGGAUCAUCCGGGACGUCAUGCAGAACCACCUGCUGCAGAUGCUGUGUCUGGUGGCCAUGGAGAAACCCGCGUCCACAGACUCCGAUGACGUCCGCGACGAGAAGGUUAAGGUGCUAAAGUGCAUCUCUGAGGUGCAGGCCGAUAAUGUGGUCCUGGGUCAGUAUGUGGGCAACCCCAGUGGAGAGGGCGAGGCCACCAGAGGGUACCUGGAUGACCCCACAGUGCCACGCGGGUCCACCACCGCCACCUUCGCAGCUGUUGUCCUCUACGUGGAGAAUGAGCGUUGGGAUGGGGUGCCCUUCAUCCUGCGCUGCGGCAAGGCCCUAAAUGAGCGCAAGGCUGAGGUGCGGCUGCAGUUCCGCGAUGUGGCCGGCGACAUCUUUCACCAGCAGUGCAAGCGCAACGAGCUGGUGAUCCGUGUUCAGCCCAAUGAGGCUGUGUACACCAAGAUGAUGACCAAGAAGCCAGGCAUGUUCUUCAACCCGGAGGAGUCUGAGCUGGACCUCACCUACGGCAACAGAUACAAGGACGUAAAGCUCCCCGACGCCUAUGAGCGCCUCAUCCUGGACGUAUUCUGUGGGAGCCAGAUGCACUUCGUGCGCAGUGAUGAGCUCCGGGAGGCCUGGCGCAUUUUCACCCCAUUGCUGCACCAAAUCGAGCGGGAGAAGCUGCAGCCCAUCCCCUAUGUCUACGGCAGCCGAGGCCCUUCUGAGGCAGACGAGAUGAUGAAGCGAGUGGGUUUCCAGUACGAGGGUACCUACAAGUGGGUAAACCCCCACAAGCUCUGAGGCCGGGCACCCGCUUCCUUCCUCGGCCUCCUCAUGCUGGGAGGUCCCUGGGACCACAGGCUCGGCCACCGCCCUCGCCCCUCGCCCAACGCUGUGUCUACGCCAGCCACAUUCCUCCAGCACUGUCGCCACACCGGCCCACUGCAGCCCACCCGACUCCAUGGGACCCAAGCCACCUCCUCCCCACACUCCCACAGGAGGAAAAAGAGGGGCGUGGCCUAGACGUUAGAAACAGGAGGGGCUGCGGGAAGCUCCUCAAGUGGGGGUGGUAACCAGGCUGACCUCCAUCACCCCAACAUUCCCAGUCCCCAGCUGCUGAGGACCUUGCCCCCUGCCAAAGCACUCCAAGAUGCCCACCUCCCCACCUGCCAUUAAACCUUGAAAAGCCCUCA